UUUAUCCUCUUUGCUGCUUUAAUUUCUCUUGCUGUGUUUAAUUAACUUGAUUCUUUAGUUUUAUCUGGGAAUGCUCAAUUGAUAUGCAAUGUUGAACUGUCAUCCCAUUGUUCAUUUUACAUAUGGCUUCUUUCCCAUACAGAUGACUGGCUUCUCUUCUUCAGUGACUUUGGCUUCUGUGUUAUUCACCUACAGUGCAAAUUAUAGUGUAAAAGACUUUAUGCCUUGCCAUGAUCUUACCAUCAUUAAAUUAUCAUUACAUACAUAUUUAAAUUUUAAUUUAGUUAUAAUUUUGAUUUAUAUGAUUGUUUAAUUUUAAUUUGACGAAGCUAAUUGGUCGAUUAUGAAUUGUUGAUGAACUGUAAUUACAUGAAAUUUCUUAGAUUUUCGCACAUGAUUUGGCUUUGUCUGUUGAGUUCUUCGACCAAGAUAUAAGCCAAUGGCAAUGUCACUUCACCUUUCUGCGGACGUGACGUGGUGCCACUUAAAUUGGAAUUAGCUCAGCGGUGGGAGGCGGCGCUCGUAACUUUCUACAAUGUGUCGUCAAUUCAUGACGUGGGGCGCUUUUAACUGAGGAUUCGCUGUUUGAUCUGAUGGAUUUGACGGGUCAAGCCGACUUCCACCACGCUUUCCCUUUCCGAGGGGCGAAUUCAAAACCCAUUCCGCUCUCCUUCUCCGUCUCGCCGCGCCACCUACCCCUUGGCCAACCGCCGGCAAGCGAGCCCGUACGCGGCUCCGUGAUGGCCUACCCCGUCGAUCUCCCAUGCGACGCCGACGGGCGUUGCAUGGUCUGCGAGGCGGUGCCGCCUUCGCCGGCGGAGGUGGUGCUAUGCCGCACCUGCGCCACCCCCUGGCACGCGCCUUGCCUCUCCCUGCCGCUGGAGACCCUCGCCACCGCGGUCGACUGGGAAUGCCCGGAUUGCUCCUCCCCGGACGGCUCCGGCGUCGUAGCCGCCGUCCCCGACGCCUCCAGUGCCUUGAUCGCGUCCAUCCGGUCAAUCGAAGCCGAUCAAUCGCUGACGGAGAAGGAGAAGGCCUGGCGGAGGCAGGAACUGGUGGGCGGCAGAGGAAGGGUUCUGGUGGAGAGAGAUAAGGAGGAGGAGAAGAAAGGGAAGAAGAUGGGAAAUGAUGAUGUUCUUGGUUUCUUGGAUGCGAAAUUCAUCUGUUCCUUUUGCAUGCAGUUGCCGGAUCGCCCUGUGACUACACCCUGUGGUCACAACUUCUGCUUGAAAUGCUUCCAGAAGUGGGUUGGGCAGGGUAAACAUAGUUGUGCAAAAUGUCGAGCCCCUAUCCCAUCUAAAAUGGCAUGCGAGCCGAGAAUCAAUUCUGCGAUUGUUGUGGCUAUUCGCAUGGCAAAAACAGCACAGUCAACCAUCCCAAGUGAUAAAAAACGAGAAUAUCAUUCCAUGUGCAAUGAAAACAGGCCUGACAAAGCAUUUACUACUGAACGAGCCAAAAAGGCUGGAAAGGCUAAUGCUUGUAGUGGUCAAAUUUUUGUUGCAGUACCUCCUGAUCAUUUUGGGCCAAUCCUUGCAGUGCAUGAUCCUAAAAGGAAGAAGGGUGUUUUGGUUGGCGAAAUAUGGGAGGACCGACUGGAAUGCAGGCAAUGGGGUGCCCACUUACCCCAUGUUGCAGGGAUUGCAGGGCAAUCGAAUCAGGGUGCUCAAUCCGUUGCAUUAUCUGGAGGCUACAAGGAUGAUGAAGAUCAUGGUGAUUGGUUCCUCUACACUGGAAGUGGGGGAAGGGAUUUGAGUGGCAACAAGCGAACUAACAAACACCAGUCAUUUGACCAGACAUUUGAGAAGCUUAACAAAGCACUACAAGUUAGUUGCCUAAAGGGAUACCCUGUUCGAGUAGUUAGAUCCCAUAAAGAAAAGAGAUCCUCAUAUGCUCCAGAAACUGGGGUUCGCUAUGAUGGGAUUUACAGGAUCGAAAAAUGUUGGCGCAAAGUUGGGAUUCAAGGUUUUAAAGUUUGUAGAUAUCUUUUUGUCCGGUGUGACAAUGAACCAGCCCCAUGGACAAGUGAUGAACAAGGGGACCAUCCUAGACCUUUGCCAGUCAUUAAGGAACUAAAGCAUGCCACUGAUAUCACAAUAAGAAAGCAAAGCCCGUCUUGGGAUUAUGAUGAAAAACAUGGUUGGAAAUGGAUCAAGUCUCCACCAACGAGUCGAAAGCAUGGGCCCGGUGGAAGUCCAUAUGAAAGGGGACGAAGGAAAUCAAGCAGGACUCCUCAAAGCACAUCUGUGAGGGAGAAACUCUUGAAAGAAUUUAGCUGCCUAAUUUGUUGGAAGGUGAUGUCAUUUCCACUCACAACCCCAUGUGCCCACAACUUUUGCAAGUCAUGCUUGCUUGGGUCAUUCGCUGACAAGUCAUUUGUGCGGGAGAGAACAUGGGAAGGGGGUUGGAGCCUUCGAGCUCAAAAAAUUAUCAAGAAAUGCCCUUCUUGUCCUAAUGACAUCUCUGAUUUCUUACAGAAUCCCCAGGUCAACAGAGAGCUUAUGGAUCUAAUAGAAUUACUCCAAAAGAGGAAACACGAAAUGAAUGGUGAGGAAUCAAGUGAGGAAACAAGCAAUUUAGUUGACUUGUCAUCUGAAGAGGAAAAUAAUGACCAAGAGAAGAGGUUGAGGAAUUAUGGAAGUGAUCUAGGGAAAAACAUGGUUGAAAAUGAAAGUGAUGUUUUAAAAGGCAAGAAGCUUAAAGGGAAAGCUUUUGAUAUAUGUGAGCAGCAGUAUAAAUCAGUAGAUGGAGAGUCUGAAACUUAUGCUGUCAAUUGUGAGAUGGAUGAAAUAGGUAAGACUUACUGCCUGGGUCUUAGAAACAAGGUUGUUCACUGUGUCACCUACAAGCGGAGAAAAACUAAUUAUACGUUGAAUGGAAUACAUAAGACUCGAAGCCUGGGUCUCACAAACAAGGAUGUUCACUAUGUCACCUACAAGCGGAGAAAGCUUAAUUGUGAGAUGGAUGAAAUAGGUAAGACAAGCUGCCUGGGUCUGACAAACAAGGUUGUUCACUAUGUCACCUACAAGCGGAGAAAGCUUCCUUGUGAGAUGGAUGAAAUAGGUAAGACAAGCUGCCUGGGUCUGACAAACAAGGUUGUUCACUACGUCACCUACAAGCGGAGAAAAACCAAUUGUGAGAUGGAUAAAAUAGAUAAGACAAGCUGCGUGGGUCUGACAAACAAGGUUGUUCGCUAUGUCACCUACAAGCGGAGAAAUACUAAUUAUCAGAUGGAUAAAAUAGAUAAGAUGAACUGCCUGGGUCUCACAAGCAAGGUUGUUCACUAUGUCACCUACAAGCGGAGAAAUACUAAUUAUCAGAUGGAUAAAAUAGAUAAGAUAAACUGCCUGGGUCUCACAAGCAAGGUUGUCUGCUACGUCACCUACAAGCGGAGAAAAACUAAUCCGGACAGUUGGAAAACAUAGCUUAAAGAAGCCAAGUAGUGAUGGAAGAAAAUCUUAAUUAAGAAUGUCAAGAAUCUGAUAUGGAUUAUUUCUGAUAUUCAGAUUUUGGAGGGAAGGAUACCAAGAGGUUCAGCUUCAAGUAGAUGGGAAAGAUACUUAGACGGUGGAGUAAUGCAUAAUAUCUGUUGGCUAUUUUGAAGAGGAAGCAAAAAGGUAUGCAGUGAAACUUUUUUCAUCCGAUGAGCAACUAGUAACUUUUUUCCAAGUAGACUAGAACAGACAUCCGAUAGGAAUACAUGAGCUUAAUUUAUGUUGCCUUGGCCAAUUUUGGUUAACUAUCCAACUUAAUCAAUCACAUAUUUUGUCGUAUAUUA